AUGUCGCCCAUGCCCAACGCGCUCAACAUCCCCAUCGUUCCCGACGUUUGCGAGGGUGCCCCUUCUCACCCGGGGAAGGAUGCUGCCAAGCGGACGACUACCAAGGAAGAACACCAUUUCCCGCCCGAGCAGGACGUCUGCGAAGCGACCGGCGGCAACCUGACAGCCGUGCUGACCGGUUUCAAGACGUUCGUGCUCGAGGACCGCCCCGUCCCUGUGCCGAAGGGUGACGAGAUUCUUGUUCGUGUCAUGGCAACUGGAAUCUGCGGCACCGACUUGAAUUUCUACCUCGCCAAGGGCAUGCGCCCCCUGUCCAAGCCCCAUGUGCUCGGGCACGAGUCGUGCGGUGUCGUGCUCGACGUCGGUCCCCAAGUCCGGAACAUCAAGAGGGGCGAGCAUGUUGCCAUCGAGCCUGCGCUGCCGUGUCGCGUGUGCCGAUACUGCAAGCAGGGUCAGUGGAACUACUGCGUGCACGACGGAUACAUGGCGACUCCGCCCACAGAUGGCACCAUGAGCCGCCUCUUCGUGUGCUCAGAGCACAACGCUGUGCCUCUUCCCGAGGGUAUCUCCUGGGAAGAGUCAGGCUGCAUCCAGCCUCUCGCCGUCGCUGUCCAGAUUGCGCGCCGUGCUGGUGCGUUGGCGCACCAAUCCGUUGCCGUUGUCGGGUGCGGACCCUUGGGUCUGCUGACUCUGGCUCUGGCCCGCGCCCAUGGCGCCCGCACUCUCGUCGCGAUCGACAUCAACGCCUCCCGCGUCGAGUUCGUCAAGAAGUACAUCCCCACGGCCAAGACCUUCGUCAUGCCCACUCAUGCGCCUACCCCAUCUCCGAACGCCGCAUCGGCAGAGCAGCUCCAGGCACACUGCAUGUCUUUCGCGCAGAGUGUCGUACGUGAAGUCGGCGCGGCGCACGCGCAUGGCCUCGAUGUCGUCGUCGAAGCGAGCGGCGCCGAAUCCGCGAUCGUUACUGGCAUGCACCUCCUCAGGCACGGCGGGACGUACGUCCAGGCCGGCCUCGGACGCCCGCUCACGCUCUUCCCAACUUUCGCGCUCGCCGACAAAGAGUUGACCAUUCGCGGUAGUCUGAGGUACACAGCAGGCUGCUUUGAGGACGCGAUCCAUCUGGUUGAGAGUGGAGCUGUUGACCUAAAGAUGCUAGUGACCAGGACUGUUCCUAUGAGUCAUGUCGAGGAGGCAUUCGAUGCGUUUGCGCGUGGCGACGAGAUCAAGGUCGUCAUCAUGAACCAGGAGUAG